CAUUAAGCCCCGUGCCCCACGCCCUUAUAACCGCGGCGUGGGGAGAUUCUGCGUGAGACCGUGCUUCGCUUCAUUCAACAGUCUGAGGUGUGCGGUUUUCAAAGCAGACUGACAAGGUUGAAUGGAAAGGCGUGAAAAGAAAACGAAGCGAAACCCCCUAACUUAAUCGGAUUAAUUUUAGAAAUGAAGAUGAGAGACAAGUGGAGACUAUGCAGGGGAGUGGGCCUCAUAUUCUUGGUGGCUGCAGUGACCCUAACGAUAUUCCAGAGGAGCCGCGGUAAUGCAUCCUUUCAUGAGAGCCAGCAUACUCAGCAGCAGUUUGGGCCUGAUAGAAGCCCUCAGAGAAGGUCCCUCCGUUUUGUACCUGAGAAGUUGUGGAAUUGGGGUGGAGUAAAUUCAGUGGCUGCUACUGAGGAGCCUGGUGUACCUGGGGGAGAUGUAAGAAGAACCUGGGACAUCACCAUUAACAACUGCAGCGCUAAUUAUAAUCUUUCAAAGUUUGGGUGGUUUAUGGACUUGGAAGAUAACUUUAAGCAGUUCCUGCUCUACAGACACUGCAGGCAUUUUCCCAUGAUUAUCAACCAGCCAGAAAAAUGUAAAGAAGACAUCUACCUGCUAAUUGUGGUUAAAUCCAUUAUAACGCAGUAUGAUCGCAGGGAGGUCAUCCGGAAAACUUGGGGCAGAGAGCAGGAAAUUGACGGCAAGAAAAUUAAAAUGGUCUUCCUUCUGGGGACUUCAUCCAAUGAGGCAGAAAAAGCCAAUCAUCAGAAACUGCUGGAAUAUGAGAAUUAUAUCUAUGGGGACAUUCUCCAGUGGGAUUUCAUGGAUAGCUUUUUCAACCUCACCCUGAAAGAAACCCACUUUCUUAAGUGGUUUUCCAUGUACUGCACUAAGGUGCAUUACAUUUUCAAGGGAGAUGAUGACGUGUUUGUUGGUGUGAGGAAUGUCUUGGAGUUUCUGGGAAGCAUGAACAUCAAAAACCUCUUUGCAGGCGAUGUUAUUUUGAAGGCCAAGCCCAUUAGAAAGAAGGAGAACAAAUAUUACAUCCCAGCGGUGUUGUAUAACAAGACUCUCUACCCGCCAUAUGCUGGAGGGGGUGGGUUCUUGAUGGAUGGCCCACUGGCCCAGAAACUCUAUGGUGCCUGUGAAACUUUGGACCUGUUCCCCAUUGACGAUGUCUUUCUGGGCAUGUGUCUGCAAGUGCUGCAGGUCACACCUGUAAAGCAUAAUGCCUUCAAAACCUUUGGGCUUGUGAAGGACAAGAAAAGCAAACUUAAUAGUGAACCCUGCUUCUUCAAAGACAUGAUGGUGGUACACAAGUUACUUCCCCAGGACCUCCUCAAGAUGUGGGAAAUGGUUAAUUCUCACCGUAUCUGCUCACAGAAUGUAAAUCUCUCAUAGUGUGAGACCGUAAGACUGAAGUACACAUUGGGGUGAGGGAACAGAAAGACUUGCUAUUGGAGAAGAUUUUUUUUGGGAGAAAUGGGAAUAUGGAUCAUAUUAGGUUAAAUGAGAGCCUCUGGCUAUUUUCUCCAGAGCUGUAAUGUUUCCAUAUCUUAUGUCUUACUUUCUGGAGUCAGUAAAUCUGGUAGUUGAACUAAUUCACUUAACGUCUUCUCCCUUUUUUUUUGUCUGUCAGUCUUUUGUGCCCCUUUGUUUGCUGCAUAUAGUAAUUGUUUUAUUUUGAAUGUAGAUGUUGGUGUAUACACUUGGAUUUCUAUUGAAGCUAACUGCUGUUGAGCUGGAUGCUGUGAGGAAAUGUACAGGCUUUACAUUUAUACAGUUAAUCGUACAUUAAGGGUCACAGCAUCAUCCAGGAGACUGAGAUAACAGCUAAUAACCCCUCAGUAAUAUACAACUUGCCAGCUUAUUUCUUGUAAUACACAUAAUAUCAGCGUUCCGUAAAAUUAUUUAUUUUUCAAAACCUGUUUAAAACUGCUGUGAAACUGAAUGGUUUACAUCUGGAUCAUGAGAUCAGGUAACUAAGCAGCAAGUUUUUUUUCUUAAGUGCCUCUACCUCAGUUUAAAUUAAACUUUAUUGCAGUUUUUUGUGCAUUAUGUAGGCCCAAUGAUUUAUGCUGCUGAAAAUCAAUUUUGAAUCACACCUGAUUUAGGCAAAUCACUCUUCAUAUAGAUAACACAACUCAUCUUAGUUUCCUUCUGAGCUCUGAGUUCUCCACACUGUGGUAUAUACAAGCUCCCAAGUUAUCUGGGGAGAGCUGUGUAUUUAUUUGGGAUGUUAGACUUAAAUUUUUUUUAGGCUAAACUUGUGCACAAGGGGGGAAAAAAGGUUUGCACUAAAUAUAAAAUGAACUGUGAAUUGAAGAAAAAUUGCUGUUGGUACAUAUCUUCUUAAUUUGACACAAUUAGAGAGACUUUAAUAUAUUCAUGCAAAUAAAAUGUGAAAAUUAAUACAAAUUGUGCAGGGUGGUUGUGAAUGCUGCUACAUAAUGUAUAUGGGGGAAAAUGUAAUUUUGUAAAUAAAAAUGAAAUUCAUCCA